AUGUCACCCUUUGACGAUUGCUACUUUGAUACGGUUUGGAUCAACCUCACGGCCACUUCCAGGGGACGACAGUUCGACCGCUUAGCACAUAUGUGGCUUGGAGACGUUGAAGUAUUUCGAACAUCAACCGCAGAACCCACGGCGAAUGGGAUCAUCUGGACCUAUGUCAAGGAUAUGUCACACUAUAACGUGCUGUGGAAGAAGCCUCAAAAGAUCAUAUUCGAUCUAGGGAACUUGAUUGACGAUACUUAUACCGGCUCUUUCAAUGUGACCGUCACGGCUCACUUCUCACACGGAAAUAAUGUUAAAACUGCAGACCUUGUUGUUCCAAUUUCUUCGCAAAGCUCGGGACUAAACUCAUCCAGCGCGUUCAACGUCCCCUCGCAGCAAGCAAAGGUGUCCUACAUAUUUGAUUCGCGGGUCUCUCGUGCGCUUGUGUCAAUAUCCGCAUGUGGCCAGUCCGCCGAAGAGUUCUGGUGGUCCAAUGUGUUUUCGUCCGACACAGAGACCUUCGACAAUAGUAUUGGUGAGCUUCACGGAUACUCUCCGUUCCGCGAAAUCCAGUUAUAUAUUGACGAUAUCCUUGCCGGCGUUGCCUGGCCCUUUCCAACCAUUUUCACCGGUGGUGUGUCUCCAGGGUUUUGGCGACCCAUUGUGGGAAUUGAUCACUCUUUUGAGAUUAGAGUUGUGGGCCUCGACGUUUCAAGCAAUGGGACUGCUACGCUUUCCAACCAAGUCGGAUCGUACUGGAUUGUCUCAGGGAACAUAUUUCUUUAUUUGUCCGACAACACUAAUGAGCAAUUACCGGUUUCCGCCAGAUUCGGUCAAAUCCCCGAGGUUAUAGCACCCACACCUACCUUUACCGUUACGAGAGACCUAGUUCGGAACAGUACAGGCGGAAAUUCGUCAUUGGCAUACUCGGUCCUGGCGGAAAGAGCCAUUACAAUAAAGUCCAGUGAAUUCGUAUGGACCCAGAAUCUUUCGUUCUCGAACAGUGGCCUCCUGAAACAGCAAGGGUUGAGCCAAAAGAAUGUGCAGCAUACUUCAGGAACGGCUUCCUUUGGUCCGCUUGGUGAUGGUGACAACUUGGAAGAACUCAGCUUUGAGUACCCGCUGUUUGUAAACACAACCUACGGUGAUGUGGAUGGCGGUCUUACCAUCGACGCUUGGCUGCUUAGGGGACUUGAGAUAGCGUCGAGCGGUGCUCCGGGUAUCUCCUCUUACUCCAUGACUUCGGGACCCUUGCAUCUGGAUGUAUCCCAAUGGGGACAAUCAUCCUAUCAAUCAACAGCAGAUAAUAGCAACUCGACUUCGUUCGGGGACACGAGCACCACUAUUGAGAGUGACGCGGGGGGGGCCAUCUACCAGCGGUCUGUACGGGCUGUGAAUGGCACUGUGGUGUUGGAUACGGAAACCUAA